AUGGCCGGGACGCGUAAUUACGAUUUUUUGAUCAAACUCCUCCUAAUCGGCGACUCUGGCGUAGGCAAAUCAUGCUGUCUCUUGCGAUUCUCUGAAGACUCCUUCACCCCCUCCUUCAUCACAACCAUUGGAAUUGAUUUCAAGAUCCGGACGAUCGAGCUGGACGGUAAGAGGGUGAAGCUGCAGAUAUGGGAUACCGCCGGCCAGGAACGGUUCAGGACGAUCACCACGGCGUAUUAUAGAGGUGCGAUGGGUAUAUUACUAGUUUACGAUGUCACGGACGAGCGAUCUUUUAACAAUAUUCGAACUUGGUUCUCAAAUGUAGAGCAGCAUGCAACGGAAGGCGUCAACAAGAUCCUGAUUGGCAACAAAUGCGACUGGGAAGACAAGCGCGUGGUCUCCACUGAGAAAGGUCAAGAACUAGCAGACGAGCUCGGGAUCCCAUUCAUGGAGGUCUCAGCGAAAAGCAACAUCAACGUAGAGCAAGCAUUUUACAGCUUGGCGACAGAUAUCAAGAAGCGGAUCAUAGAUACCGCGAAAACGGAUCAGGCGACAUCGCAAGGUGUAGACGUAGGAGCACAAGGAAGCGGAGGUGGAAUAGGUGGAAAGUGCUGCUGA